UCCAAAGUGAACCAAUCGCUGAUAUGGCAGAUAAAGAGAGCGCCGGCGCGUCCAAAGCCUGCAGCGUCCUGACCUGGGAACAAGUCAGCCGCCUGAACAGCUUCCUCACCGAGGUGGUCCCCAUCCACGGCCGGGGCAACUUCCCCACCCUGAAGAUCACGCUGAAGGACAUCGUGCAGAUGGUGCGCAGCAAACUGGAGGAAGCCGGCGUCAAAGUGCGGGACGUCCGUCUCAACGGCUCGGCGGCCAGCCACGUCCUGGUCAAAGACAACGGCCUCGGCUACAAGGAUCUGGACCUCAUUUUUGGGGUCAGCUUGUCCUCCGAGGCGGAGUUCCAGAGAGUCAAAGACGUGGUGAUCGGCUCCCUCCUGAACUUCCUGCCCGACGGGGUCAACAAGGAGAAGAUCAGCCCCGUGACGCUCAAGGAGGCCUACGUCCAGAAGCUGGUGAAGGUCUUCACGGACGCCGACCGCUGGAGCCUCAUCUCGCUGACCAACAAGGACGGCCGGAACAUCGAGCUGAAGUUCGUCAACUCCAUCCGCCGGCAGUUCGAGUUCAGCGUCGACUCCUUCCAGAUAAUCCUGGACUCGCUGCUCUUCUACCACGACUGCUCCGAGAACCCCAUGUCGGAGCACUUCCACCCGACGGUCAUCGGGGAGAGCAUGUACGGCGACUUCGAGGCCGCCUUGGGUCACCUACAGAACAAACAGAUCGCCACGAAGAACCCCGAGGAGAUCCGAGGCGGAGGCCUCAUGAAGUACAGCAACCUCCUCGUGCGAGACUUCAAGCCGGCCGACAAGGAGCAGAUCAAGUCCCUGGAGCGCUACAUGUGCUCGCGCUUCUUCAUAGACUUCUCGGACAUCUUCGAGCAGCAGCGCAAGCUGGAGUCCUACCUGCAGAACCACUUCAUGGGCGAGGAGAAGAGCAAGUACGACUACCUCAUGAUCCUGCGCAAGGUGGUCAACGAGAGCACCGUGUGUCUCAUGGGGCACGAGCGCCGCCAGACCCUCAACCUCAUCUCGCUGCUCGCCCUCCGCGUGCUCGCCGAGCAGAACAUCAUCCCCAACGCCACCAACGUCACGUGUUACUACCAGCCCGCCCCGUACGUCAGCGACGCCAACUUCAGCAACUACUACAUCGCCAACCCCAGCGCUCCCUACAGUCAGUCCUACCCAACAUGGCUGCCGUGUAGUUAGACGCCAUCUUUCCCAAAGACUGACCU